UUUCUGCUGCCGGGUUAGCACUGCAGGGGGCAGAGUCCGUGUAUUUGAAAACAACUGGCUUCGGUGGGCUAUUUUAAAGGUUUAUGCCACCUGCCCAGAGGAGGUGAUGGAUAGCAGAGCGGAAAUGGAGGUCAUGAGAAGCACCAAGGGGAAUGCCGCUGGGGAGGUCAGCGUCCAUCUGGUCGCCAACGAGAACGCAUUGCAGAACACACAGCUGCCCACGACUGCCUUCAUCAUCCCAGCAAACACAGCCACAAUCAGCCUUCCCGCCAGCGCCUUAGAGAUCCAGCGAUUUCCCCGGGAGCCGCAGAGAAGCGCAGGCACUGAGAGACUGGAGAGGGGGGCAGGGAACGAGCCGAUCACUGCGACCGUCAUCCCCCAGAUCAGUGGGGUGCAGACCUGCAACACCGUCCGGGUACUGGAGUGGAAAGAUGGGGUGGCCACUCUGCCUGGCAGCAACUUAAGAUUUCGGAUAAAUGAAUAUGGGACGCUGAAAGUGGUGAAUGCGGAUAAGAUCCCCCCAGUGGAACCCCUAAAGGAGGGUCAUGUGGAGAGAGAUGGGGAGUCAGAGGUGGCGCCCACCAGCAGAGACAAUCCAGCUGCUGCUCAGGACAUGCCUGAGCAGCCCAAGCUGCUGACAGCAGAGAGCAUGUGCCACUGCGAUACCUGUGGCCGGAGACAUGUGUCGGAGGGGGCCCGGGAGGGCAGGGGGUUCUGCAGCGAACACUGUCAUCGGCAGUUCAAGGAAAGGUCUGUCAUAGUGGAGAACUCUGCUGGCAGCACUAACGCCACCAAAAUCCUCAAGCCAGUGAAAAAACGGAAAAGAAAGGAUUACCAGAGUCCUUCAGAGGAGGAGGAGUAUGAAUCAGAACAAAUGGAAGAGAAGCAGGAAGAGAGAAAGAACUCGGGGGGAGACCCCACCAUCAGCAACAUGGAGAGCGAAGAGUGGAGCAUGAACCAGCACGGUGCCAGUGAGGAGAAGAAAGAAGGCUGGUCCUGGGCGUCCUACCUGGAGGAGCAGAAAGCUAUCGCUGCCCCUUCAAAUCUAUUCCAAGAAUACCAGUCAGUCGCCCAGCACAAGAACGGCUUCAAGGCGGGGAUGAAGCUGGAGGGGAUCGAUCCCCAGCACCCUUCGAUGUACUUCAUCCUGACUGUGGCUGAGGUGUGUGGGUAUCGGAUGCGCCUGCACUUUGAUGGCUACUCCGAAUGCCAUGAUUUCUGGCUGAACGCCGACUCCCCCAACAUUCAUCCUGCCGGCUGGUCUGAGGAGACGAGGCACAAACUGCAGCCCCCCAAAGGGUGUCUAGGUUACAAGGAGGAGGAGUUCAGCUGGUCAAACUAUCUGAGGAUAAUGAAGGCUCAGGCAGCUCCCAGGCACCUCUUUGUGACCCCAAACAAUAAUGCCGUUCCCACGGGAUUCCAGGUGGGCACAAAACUAGAAGCCGUGGACCGCAUGAACCCUUCCUUGAUAUGCGUUGCCACGGUGACGGACGUGGUGGACAAUCGUUUUCUGGUGCACUUUGACAACUGGGAUGAUACUUACGACUACUGGUGUGACCCCAGCAGUCCAUACAUCCACCCAGUCGGCUGGUGUCAAGCGCAUGGGAAACCCCUCACACCUCCUCAAGACUAUCCCGACCCUGACAGUUUCAGCUGGGAAAAAUACCUGAUGGAAACUGGAGCAUCUGCAGUGCCAGCUUGGGCCUUUAAAGUGCGGCCGCCCCACAGCUUUCUGGUGAACAUGAAACUGGAGGCAGUGGACAAGCGGACUCCCUCCCUCAUCCGCGUGGCCAGUGUGGAAGACGUGGAGGAUUACCGGAUAAAGGUCCAUUUUGAUGGCUGGAGUCAUGUCUACGAUUUCUGGAUCGAUGUGGAUCAUCCGGAUAUCCACCCCGUGGGAUGGUGCUUGAAAACUGGACACCCGCUGCAGCCUCCUCUCAGGCCAAAGGAACCAGCUGCUUCUGCCCACGGGGGCUGCCCGACCUUGGGCUGCAAGAGCAUCCCUCAUACCAAAGGCUCCAAGUACAGCUUUCACCACAGGAAGUGCCCAACACCAGGCUGUGACGGCUCCGGACAUGUGACGGGGAGAUUCACGGCUCACUACUGCAUCUCAGGGUGCCCCUUGGCAGAGAAGAACCAGGGGAGGCUGAAGGCCGAUCUCUCAGACACUGAGGCCUCGGCCCGCAAGAGGAACCUGAUCGGCUUCUCUCAGCGAAAGAAAUCCCGACAUCACGGGAGAGGGCGACCUCCAAAGUAUCGGAAGAUCCAGCAGGAAGACUUCCAAACUAUUUCCUCGGACAAUAUGCACCAGUCCCUCUUCAUGUCGGCCUUAUCUGCUCACCCUGACCGCUCCCUGUCCCUCUGCUGGGAGCAACACUGCAAACUCCUGCCAGGAGUGGCUGGCAUCACAGCAGCUACUGUGGCCAAAUGGACCAUUGAUGAGGUCUUUAGCUUUGUUCAGACGCUAACAGGUUGCGAGGACCAAGCCAAACUCUUCAAGGAUGAGAUGAUUGAUGGGGAGGCAUUCCUUCUGCUGACUCAGGCCGACAUCGUCAAGAUCAUGAGCGUCAAACUGGGCCCAGCACUCAAGAUCUACAACGCCAUCCUCAUGUUCAAAAACGCUGACGACACCUUAAAGUGACCACACCCCACAGCCCGGGACUGCCCUCAGCACUGCAGCUGCUAAGCUGUCUGGCUGGCUCACUGGAGCGGAGACCUUCUCCACUGUAGCAGCUGUAAAAUCCUGCACGCUCCAUCUCUCUCUGAGUCACCUUCUCUGUCCUUGCACCAAACCCAUCUCUCUCUGUCUUUCUCUUCCCCUGCCCUGUUACACUUCUCUUCUGGCUUGGUAGGGGAGCUCUAGUCUGGGUACCGCUGACUAGUGCUCUCUCCCACUGAUGAGACAGAACACGGAUUUGACACGGGAUGAUCCCCUACCCUUCAAGCGCUUCUGACUGAUCCUGUUCCAUAGGAUGACGUGUGUGUGUGUGUGUGUGUGUGUGUGUGUGUGUGUGUGUGUGUGUGUGUGUGUGUGUUUCAGGGCUGAUGAGGUACAGAGGAGAAGGUGUGGGGCUUGAGGGAUAGUGUUGCUGCUCAAGAAACCAAGAUCAGAAAUUUUGGUGAUCUCAUAAGAAAUAAACUGCCUCCACACACCCUUCUCUCACGUACGUGAGUGCACACAAGCUCGUUUAGAGGGAUGACUCAUUUUCCCUUUUCUUAGCAAUUGAAGAGGAUUUUCCCAGCAUAUUUCACUGCAUUGGGGUGGGUAUUUAACGCUCUUUUGAAGGGACAUUCUCAAGUAGCUUUUGAUAACAUUCCAUUUGUUUUCUCUUCAGUUUUUGUGACUCUCACUUUGAAGCUGGGCAGUAACUUUGCUUUGCCCUGGUUCACCUUCGCCAUGAGGCCAACUUGAAUUUUCUUCCAUUUCCUUCUGUUUCUCAUGGGGAAUGAGCUCAUAGUGCUAUUUAUGCUGCAGAUCUCUUUGCUGCUGGGGGAGGGCGAGGGGGGUCAGUGUUUU